UUACAAUCAAAUUUCGACGAUUGGAAACAAGUUCGAGAUAUUUGUCGUUGUCGUUGACGCCCCAAGUGCUGGAACUGCUGGAAGUUGAGUCAAGUCAAAGAGAUACUGGAGAUACCGGCUGUAGCUGUAGCUGUAUCGAGGAGAAUCGAAUUACUGAUUCAACCAGAGUGGAUCGGGCUAGUUGAAUUCGCCAGCUCGCAAGCCGGAAUAGUCGAAUUAUUGAGCCAAAGUGUUCUCGUCAAUGUAAUGUGUCGUCUCCGUACGCUUCGUCGAGCCGAAUAGAGCAGUGCAAAGCUUGGUAGACCUCUGAGAGUUGAGAGUCGAGUAGCUAAUGUGAAUGCGAAUGUUAUAUCGAAACUUGUGAUCUAUCUGUCGUAAACAUGUCGGGAACAUUAAAGCCGUAUUUGACAGCAGUCAGGCGUACGCUUACCGCCGCUAUGUGCCUGGAGAACUUCUCCUCUCAAAUUGUGGAAAAACAUAACAAGCCCGAGGUAGAAGUAAGGGCGAGCAAAGAACUGCUUUUAACGCCCAUCUUGAUAAGUAGAAACGAUAAGGAGAAAGUCUUGAUUGAAUCAAGUAUAAAUAGUAUGAGAAUAAGUAUUGCUGUGAAACAAGCUGAUGAUCUAGAAAAAAUUCUUUGUCAUAAUUUUACAAGAUUCAUGACAAUGAGGGCCGAACAUUUUAUGAUUCUCAGAAGAAAACCGGUAGAGGGCUAUGACAUUAGCUUUCUAAUUACCAAUAUUCACGUAGAACAAAUGUACAAACACAAGAUAGUAGAUUUUGUUAUUCACUUUAUGGAAGAAAUUGAUAGAGAAAUCAGCGAAAUGAAAUUAUCGGUUAAUGCUAGAGCACGCAUAUGUGCGGAGGAAUUCCUAAAAAGGUUUUAAUUCAUUUAUUAUUGAUCAUUACCAGCUGUUUGAAGAAUCAUGGGAUACGUUGCGAUUGUAUUGUCCAGUGGAUCGUUGUACAACUUUUAACAACUUGGACAAUAUUAAGAGACACUUUUAUAAAGUAUCUAGUGACGUGUUCUUAUCCACAUGCCACUUAGAGUGUUCCAUGUUGAAUGGAUCGAUGUAUAAAUCAUCAAUGUUAUUUGCUUCAAAUCUUGUUAUACGAAAAUAAUACGAAGCGAUAUUAGAAGUGAGUAUCGCUGUUUAAACUUUUGUGAAGAAUGUUUUUUAAGUAUUUGUUUAGUGAAGUAGUUGUGUAAGUCUGAAACCAAUUCGCAUUCAAUGAAUUGUAAACAAGAAAGAUACUUUGAUAAUAUAUCAUAAGCAUAGUUAGUUUUAAGCAAAUCUACAAGCUCGAGUAUACAAAUUUUUUUUUCAAAGUAAAUCAAUUGACGUGGAAUAAGUCAUUUUUACUAAUGUUUGCUAAAAGAGAUUCUUAAAAAAAUUAUGUAUAUGUAUGUAUGUAUGCAUGCAUGUAUUUUUAUCCCUAUGUAACUAACUAUAUAAUUUCAAAACAAAAGUAUUACACGAUUAUGUAUCACAUUCGUAAUUAUUAGCGAUACUUAGCCAAAGUUACAUCGUUAUAGAAAUUAUUUUGUCAAUUUAUCGUAAUAAGAUUUAAUAAGUAACCUUAAGUAACUAUGGGUGCGUGUUUUGCAAAAUUUCAUUUUUCAAAUUUGUAUACUUUACAUACGAGAACUUUUAUACAAUUUUCUUAUAAUAGUACAUCUCUAAUUGAAAUAACAUAGAUUUAAAUAUCGUAGACAAAUUGCAAUACCAAAUAAGAUUUAGGAAGAUUCGUUAUUUCAAAAUUUGUUUGAAAAAUCUUUACAUAUAAUAAC